CAGGUAUAGCACUGGGGAGGAACUCUGGAAAUGAAGAUAGGGUGCUUUCAUCCUUCAAAUUACAACAAAAUAUUUGUUAGGUAUGUACUUCAUGAGUUCCGGUCUCAAAAUGAUUAGAAAUUAAAACUGUCAUUGGUGCUGGGAUAUUCACAAAUGAAUUAGGAAACGAGAAAAAUUGUUCUAACGAAAUGUACUUUCCUGGUUUCUUCGAGAAACUUUCCUCCCCAGUGGUGUUUACGUCGUUUAAAAGUUAAAGUUGCAGUAUAAGUUUGGCUAAAAAACAUAUCGAAAGCUCUCUAUUAUUUAUGAGGAUACACUUGAGACGAUCUAAUUCGGCAAAUUGUGGUUGACACGUGAACAUUUCCAAUCACUAUAAGUCGAACGUUCAUGUGUUACCGGCAAAUACAAGUUAUUUACUCUAUUGAUUGGGACGUUCUUGAUGAAGACAUGUCGCGGAUGCUCAUCCAUUCAGUAAAGAUGGCUAAUAAUGUCAAAAUGACCUAGCCUUAACAAUAUAAAGAAUCGGAUGUUUUUAAUUAGAUUUCGCUAAAAGAAGAUCGACUAUAAAAGAGAGGUGAUGCCGACACUAGUGAUUUAGUUAUAAAAAAGAACCACGUUGAAAUCAUGAUGACGGGAACAAGUACUCCGGAAGUUUUCGUCGACUAUCUGCAAUCUCAUCCUGCAGAGACAUCCAUCCUUAUAGCCAUCCUGCUUGUUCUCACAACUAUAGGACUCUUUGGGAAUGUUCUGAUUAUUGGAGCAGUGUGUGUUACCAAAGGCUUGCGGACAGUAGCGAAUGUAUUCGUUGUGAACCUCGCAAUCUGCGAUAUUAUCCUGGCCAGUUGGGUGAACGCCUUUUUCAUAGCGGGAGCAUUUUUGGGAGAAAAGUGGUUCUUGGACCGUAAAGCGCUGUGUGAUAUUGUGAGUUUCUUCUGCUUGAGCGCGUGUUUAUGCUCAUUAGCCACCGUUGCUGCAAUCGCCGUGAACCGCUAUGUUUGCAUAUGCAGAAAGUCAAUUUAUCAUAAGAUUUACACUAAACUAAACACCGCAAUCAUGAUCAUCGUGAUGUGGGUCUAUAGUUGUUGGCUAAAUAUUGGCGCUUUUAAUGGGUUUGGAAAAUUCACAUACGAUAAGAAAAUGCUGGGAUGUAUAUGGGAUAGAGACGCUAAUCGACUGUUCACCGUUUUCUUUCUUCUAGGAGUAUUUUUUCCUGUUGGGAUCGUGACCGUCGCUUAUGUACUCAUCUUUGUCAGGGUAUACACAUCGAAGAAAAAAGUUUCUGAUCAGAAUAAAAAUGGAAAACAGACGAACAUGGCCAAAGAAAUCAAACUGGCCAAAGUCUUGUUUGGUCUAUUUGUUGUAUUUCUGUUGAUGAACUUACCAUAUGGUCUAGCACUUAUCAUCGACGUUGGUGAUAUUUUUCCGACUGUGAUCUGGACAUUGGUUGUUCAGCUCAUGCACGCCAAUGGAUCAGGCGUUAAUUGCUUUGUGUACGGAUUCAGUAAUAAAGCUUUUAGUGAUGGGUACAGGAAUUUCUGUUGGAAGAUCCUCGGAAUAUGUGGCCAAAAGAGAACUGCUCCAGGACCUACUUCAUCAAGCGUUACCCAAACUUGACAAACGCUGUAGCUAUUCAUUUACCAAAUCUCGUUGAAUUAGACUUCUAAAGGAAAGCACAGUAUCUGUUUAGAUUCUGACUUCAAUAGUGAUGCUGGUUACAAUAGAGUAGGUCAAACAAUAAGAAAUACAUGUCCUCAGACCUGACCAUUAUUGUUUCAAUUUAUCAACAUAACAUAAACCAGUAGACGCCAUUUUGACAGUUCCUCAGAAUGAUUGAUUGUUACUUUUCCUUUAACCUCUUGACUACCUGGAUUGACAAGCUUCCUCGUCACCUCAGAAAUUACAUUGAAACCCAGGAGUGACGAGAAAAUCCGUCACAAAAUUGAUCAUUAAAAUUGCUCUUAUUUGAACAAUUUUCAUUCAAUUCACA